UGCUAGCUUAGGGGGGGCUACACACCCAUUUUCGGUGAGAAAAUUUCUCACAAACCCAGAAUUUUUAAAAUUAUGUUCCGGACUAUUUUUCUCUUAUCUUCUUUCUCUCGUUUUCUACAGUUCUUCUCGUCUCUCUGUCGACCUCAAAUCAAAGGAAUUGAGCUUGAUUUUGUGUGAAUAAUCUCUAGGAAGUUUAGUAGCUUGAUGAAUCGAGGGAGAAGGUGAUGGUGCUGAAGUCGAUUGAGCUCUGGAAAAGAAGAAAAGGGUAAGCUAAUUUAGGGUUUCGUAAAUGAUUGAUAUUUUAUGUGAAAUCGAUUUAAAUCGAUCAAUUGUCGAUGGGUUUGUUGUUAAUUGGAGUAGAAAUGGUUGUGUUCAGAGUAGAGCUAUGUUUACAAUAUGGAGUUUCUUAAAGCUUCUUAAAAGGUAUCCAGGAUUAGUCCCAGAUGUUGAUCUUAUGUUUGAUUGUAUGGAUAGACCCGUUCUUAACGGAACAAAGUAUUAUGGGCAAAUUCCGCCUCGGUUGUUCCGUUAUUGUACCACCAAUGCUCAUUUCAAUAUUCCAUUUCCCGAUUGGUCUUUUUGGGGUUGGCCGGAAGUGAACAUAGAACCCUGGGAUGAUGAAUUUAGAAGCAUAAAACAAGGUUCUCAAGCUAAAGAAUGGAUAAAGAGGUGGCCUCGAGCUUACUGGAAAUGGAACCCAGAUGUUCUAUCUCCUGUUCAUACGGAGUUGAUGCGUUGUAAUCAUUCUAGGUUUUGGGGAGCCCAGAUCAUGCGUCAGGUUGAAUUUUAUCAACAUCUCAGAGCAUUUUGUACAUUUAUAUGCAACCGUUGACACUGCUCGUGGCUGCUCUUUCUCUAUUUGUGGUUCGUGCUUAGUUUUUCACUUGCCUCAAAUUGAUGCCUUUAUAAAUUUAUAAAUUUAAAGCC